AACAAACCUGAUCUGAUUUUAUAUUUGUCUCUCCAUUAGUUUAUUGGAAAUCCUAGCAUUCAGAAGUGUGGAUUAAAACUACUUGCUUCUGUAACUGAGUGCACUGGUGCACUAGACAUUUUAACCCAGCAGGGAGCUAUUGACACUGUGCUUCACACCCUGCAGAUGUAUCCAGACGAACAAGACAUACAGUGUUUGGGUUUGAGUCUUCUACACUCUUUGGUGACAAGAAAGAGUUUGUGUAUUGCAACUAUGCAUGUCCUGUCAACAGUUCUGGUUUCUACUCUGCGACGAUUUAGAGAGGUCACUGAAAUUCAGAUGCAUGGAUUUCAUGCAAUCUUGUCAAUUCUUGGUUUGUCACCUUGUUUUGCAAAGUUGCUGGUACAUGAAUCAUUUGACACAGUCAUUUUCUACCAGAUGUCUAUGUGUUUCACUGACCAGCGAGAUCGACAGUUUCAAAGCCUGUGUUGUAAAUGUUUUGCUAAAAUAGCUGAAAAUGAUGAUUUAAAAAAUAUGAUGCUGGAAAAAGCAUGUAUUGAGUACAAUAGUAUUAUGGCUGAAUGUUUACUUCUACUGGGAGCUGAUAUUAAUAAGAAGACAAAGACAAACUCUUUGAUCUAUCAGGUUUGUGAGAAAGGAAAUAAUCCUAAACUGGUGGAAUUGCUAUUAGCCAAUGGUGCUCGAGAGCAGGAUGUUCGAAGUGCUUUAACUGUCAGUAUAAAGAGAGGAGAUAGCCAAAUCAUCAGCUUGCUCUUGAAGAAGCUUAGCCUUGAUGUUGCUAACAGCAGUAUAUGUCUUGGAGGAUUUGGUAUUGGGAGACUAGAACCUUCCUGGCUCAUUCCUUUGUUCCCAGAUAAACUUAUUCCAUUAAGAAAACAAAAUGCAGGUUCUGCACUGGCAAGAAUGGUGCUUAAAUUUCAGAUGAAGAAUAUUUCAGAGGAUAGAUCAGGAGCCUCCUCUGAUCUAAACUUCUCUGAAGAUGGAGUGGAUAAAAACUAUGAUUGGAAUUUCAUUUCUGACCCACUAGUGGACAGUGUUUUUCCUUGGAGUGAUGAUAUUGAUAGUGAAGGAAGUGAAGGUUCACUUUUUACAAAAAAGAAAUCCAAUUCCAUUUUUUUUAGGGAAAUGGCAUUUCAAAGAGGUUCUCCUACUUUGCCACGACAUUCCUACUCUGUGGGACCUGGCUCAGAUUAUGGUCCACUAAUGAAACAAAAAAGAAAAAUCUUGCCUUCAGAUGAACCCCCCAAGGGCAUCUCAAAAUUUUCACCACAUAUGAGGUCAUCAGACAGUCUUUCUUCAUUCGUCUCUGAGAAAGAAUACAUUAAAUCACUAGAUCUUUCAUCAAAUGAGCUGGAGAACAUUGAUGCCAUCAGCCAGAAUAGCUGCUUAACUAGUCAUCUGGAACAUCUUGAGAAACUGGAGCUCCACCAAAAUGCACUUACAAACAUUCCAGAACAACUGUGUGAAACCUUGAAAAGCUUGACUUACUUAGAUUUGCACAGCAACCGAUUUACUUCUUUUCCGACUUACUUACUGAAAAUGAAUUGUAUUGCAAAUCUUGAUAUCUCUCGAAAUGACAUUGGACCUUCCUUCGCUUUGGAUCCAUACCUCAGAUGUCCAACUCUAAAGCAACUUAACCUUUCGUACAAUCAGCUGGUGUGCACUCCUGAAUUUCUUACAAAUGUUGCUGAAAAUCUGGAACAGCUAUUGCUAGAAGGAAACAAAAUUUCAUGCUUAUGUUCACCCAUAUGCUUGAAAGAACUGAAAAUUUUAAACAUUAGCAAGAACAAUAUUUCAUCCCUUGCUGAGAAUGUCUUCAUGGGCUGUACAAAACUGGAGCAGUUCAAUGCCAAGAUGAAUGCUCUUGAAAUAAUACCUGACUUGCCAUCCAGCAUAACAAGCUUAAAAUUAUCCCAAAAUGGUUUUAUUAAUGUUCCAGAAGCAAUUCUUCUUCUACCACAUUUGCGAUCAGUAGAUUUAAGCCAAAACAAGAUCAUUAGCCUGCCUGGACCAAUGCACUGGAAAUCGCUAAAUUUAAGGGAGCUGUUAUUUAAUCAUAAUCAAAUAGAUGUCUUGGACUUGAGUGAAAAGGCGUGUGCAUGGUCUAGACUAGAAAAGCUACACCUGUCCCACAACAAGUUAAAGGAGAUUCCUCCUCAGAUUGGCUUCCUAGAGAACUUGACUUCUCUGGAUGUAAGUCAUAAUCCUGAUUUGAGAUCCUUUCCAGAUGAAAUGGGAAGACUCUCCAAAAUCUGGGAUCUUCCUCUGGAAGGACUCCAUCUUAAUUUAGACUUCAAACAUGUGGGAUGCAAAGCCAGAGACAUUAUCAGAUUUCUUCAGCAACGACUGAAGAAGGCUGUACCUUAUAACAGAAUGAAGCUCAUGAUUGUUGGAAACACUGGCAGUGGGAAAACUACCCUGCUACAACAACUAAUGAAAUGCAAACGAACGGAACUGGGCUCUCCAAAAGCUACAGUAGGCAUUGAUGUAAAAGACUGGAUCAUUCAAGGGAAAGGCAAAAUGAAGAAAGAUCUUGUAUUAAAUGUAUGGGAUUUUGGAGGACAAGAAGAGUUCUACAGUACCCAUCCUCAUUUUAUGACCCAAAGAGCUUUAUAUCUUGCUGUUUAUGAUCUCAGCAAAGGACAGGCAGAGGUGGAUGCUAUGAAGCCGUGGCUUUUUAACAUCAAGGCUCGAGCUUCAACAUCCCCCGUCAUUCUUGUUGGCACACAUUUAGAUGUUUCUGAUGAAAUGCAACGUAAGGCCUGCAUGAGUAAAAUUACUAGAGAGCUAUUGAAUAAGCGAGGCUUCCCAGCGAUCCAGGAUUAUCAUUUUGUGAAUGCUACUGAAGAAUCAGAUUCCAUUAUCAGACUUCGGAAAAUCAUAAUAAAGGAAAGUCUUCACUUCAAGAUCAGAGAUCAACCAGUGGUUGGUCAACUAAUUCCUGACAGCUACCUGGAGCUGGAGAAGAGAAUAUUGCUGGAACGUAAAAAUGUCCCAGUUGAAUUUCCUGUGAUUGAUCAGAAACGGUUACUGGAACUGGUACAAGAAAGCCAGUUACAAUUGGAUGAAAAUGAACUCCCUCACGCGAUUCACUUUCUGAAUGAAUCAGGUGUACUCCUUCAUUUUCAAGACCCAGCACUGCAGCUAAGAGAUCUAUAUUUUGUAGAUCCUAAGUGGCUAUGUAAAAUCAUGGCACAGAUUCUGACAGUGAAAGUGGACGGCUCCUCUAAAUAUCCUAAGGGAAUUGUAAAGCGUUCAGAUGUGGAAAAAUUUCUUUUAAAGAAGAGCAAGUUUCCUAAGAUCUACAUGUCACAAUACUUUAAGCUUCUAGAAAAGUUUCAGAUUGCUUUGCCAUUAGGAGAGGAUCAACUACUAAUCCCAAGCAGUUUAUCUGAUAACAGACCUGUUAUAGAGCUUCCCCACUGUGAAAAUUCAGAAAUUAUCAUCCGGCUUUAUGAGAUGCCAUACUUUCCUAUGGGAUUUUGGUCCAGACUGAUCAACAGGUUACUUGAAAUAUCACCUUACAUGCUGUCAGGAAGAGAGCGAGCUCUUCGUCCUAAUAGAAUGUAUUGGAGACAAGGCAUCUACUUGAACUGGUCUCCUGAAGCUUAUUGUCUAGUGGAAUCAGCACUCUUUGACAACAACCCAGACAGUUUUUUGAAAAUUACAGCACCUUCUUGCAGAAAAGGGUGCAUCCUUCUGGGGCAAGUUGUGGAUCACAUAGAUUCUCUUAUGGAAGAAUGGUUUCCAGGUUUGCUGGAUAUAGAUGUAUGUGGUGAAGGGGAAACGCUGCUGAAGAAAUGGGCUCUGUACAGCUUUCAGGACGGUGAAGAACACCAAAAAAUACUACUUGAUGACUUACUUAAAAAAGCUGAAGAAGGUGACCUUUUGGUAAAUCCAGAGCAACCAAGACAUACCAUCCCCAUAGCUCAGAUUGCUCCUGACCUGAUACUGGCUGAUUUGCCUAGAAAUAUUAUGUUGAACAGCGAUGACCUGGAAUUUGAUGAAGCUCCCGAAUUUCUCUUGGGUGAUGGUGGGUUUGGAUCUGUGUACCGUGCAUCCUAUGGUGGAGAAGAUGUUGCAGUAAAGAUUUUCAAUAAACAUACUUCCCUCAGGCUUCUAAGACAAGAGCUCGCAGUGCUUUGUCACCUCCAUCACCCCAGUUUAGUGUCUCUGCUGGCUGCUGCAAUCCGUCCCCGGAUGCUGGUGAUGGAACUAGCCCUUAAAGGAUCUCUCGAUCGUUUGCUUCAACAAGACAAUGCAAGUUUAACUAGAACACUUCAGCACAGGAUAGCUCUACAUGUAGCUGAUGGCUUAAGGUACCUGCAUUCAGCAAUGAUCAUCUACCGUGAUUUAAAGCCUCACAAUGUGUUGCUCUUUACCCUGUAUCCCAAUUCAGCUGUUAUUGCAAAAAUAGCUGACUAUGGCAUUGCCCAAUAUUGUUGCCGAAUGGGAAUAAAAACCUCCGAAGGCACACCAGGAUUUCGAGCACCGGAGGUUGCCAGAGGAAAUGUUAUUUACAAUCAGCAAGCUGAUGUUUAUUCAUUUGGCUUGCUGCUUUAUGACAUUUUAACAGGAGGAGGUAGAAUAAUGGAAGGCUUGAAGUUUCCAAAUGAAUUUGAUGAAUUAGCGAUACAAGGAAAGUUACCAGAUCCUGUCAAAGAAUAUGGAUGUGCCCCCUGGCCUAAAGUUGAAAAUUUAAUUAAAAAGUGUUUGAAGGAAAACCCUCAGGAACGACCGACAUCUUCCCAGGUUUAUGAGAUCCUGAAUUCUGCUGAGCUUAUCUGUUUGAUGAGGUAUGUUUCGAUACCCAGCACGUCCACGGCAGAGUGCAUGGUAGCUGCCAAUCAAAGCUGCAAGAAGGCAGGCGUCUGGAUAGGCAAUGGGAACACAGAAAAAGCACAGCUUUCCUUUAUUAAUUUAAAUACCGAUGGGCAUACUUGUGAGGAUAUCGCAGAUAGUAAAAUUUUAAGUUUGGCCUUAGUGACUCUUCCUCCUGAGAAAGAAAACUGGAUUGUAGCAGGAACCCAGUCUGGUUCUCUGUGGGCACUUAACACGGAAGAUGAAACAAGAAGGCAUCGUUUGCAGAAAAUGUCAGAUUCCAUCACUUGUUUAUACUGUAAUUCCCUUUCAAAACAAAGCAAACAGAAGAAUUUCUUCUUGGUAGGCACAGCUGAUGGCAGACUGGCAGUUUUUGAAGACAGAGCAGUAAAGUGUAAGGGUGCUACACCUUUGAAGAUACUAAUCAUAGGAAAUGUUAGCACACCGCUGAUGUGCUUAAACGAAUCCUCAUGCUUAUCUGAAAAAAAUAUAAUCUGGGGAGGCUGUGGAACAAAGAUCAUUGCCUUAACUAGUGAUUUCUCUGUUCAAAAGCUCAUUGAAACAAAGACAAGUCAGCUGUUCUGUCACAAUGCUUACAGUGAUGCAAACAUUAUUUCAAUAGCAAUAGACAAAUCCAUCUACUUGGCAAAGAAAAGCAGCCAUUUUGUGGAAAUCUGGGACAAGAAGACAGAAAAACUUUCUGAACUGAUCGACUGUGCACAUUUCCUUAGGGACAAAGUGGAAAAACUAAAUAAGGAAUCCAAACAUAAACUGGCUUAUUCUGGAAGAGUGAAGACAAUUUGCCUGCAGAAAAACACUGCACUGUGGAUAGGGACAGGAGGAGGACAUAUCUUGCUGCUCGAUUUAUCAACACGUCGUCCUGUACGCGUUAUAGACAACUUCUGUGAUUCUGUUAGAGUCAUGAUAACGGUUCAGCUGGGGAGCCUCAAGAACGCAGUCCUGGUUUUGGGGUAUUGCUAUAAAAGUGACACCGAAGACAACAAAUACCACAAAGAAUUACAAUCCUGCGUGUCGGUGUGGGACAUGAACCUGCCCCACGAAGUGCAGAACCUGAAAAAACAUAUAGAAAUGAGACAGGAAUUAGCAGAAAAAAUGAAGAGCUUUUCUCUGGACUAA